AUGCCUCAAGUAGCAAAAGUCACUCGAUCUGGGCAAACGUAUGCGCAAGCUGCAAUGUCUGGGAUGAACCUUUCCCAAGUUCCAAAGAAACCAAGAAAAUGGCCUUCAAGCAGGAGUGACAGUUCUGCCAAUAAGAACAAAAAUCGAGAAUUGAAACUGUUGAAGAACAAGUUAAAAUCUGGUAUUUGUACCAAAGAAGGAAGUUGCAGUACUAAAGACAGUGAAGCUAUCCUUGAAGCACAGCACAAUCUAUGUUUCCAACAGAUUGGGAAUGAGAUGAAAGCUGAUUAUGAAGAGCACAACGCUAUUCUGAUCGCUCGUUGCAUGAUGCAGAUCAAGGCCAAGUUUGAUACUGAUGAAGGUCUGAACUUCAUCCAACAGUAUUACAUCAAUCAAGGACUCAAGAAGUUUGGUGAUGAUGGAAAGGAUGCUGUGGAUAAGGAGUUGAGACAAACGCUCCUGAGAGAUUGUUUUACUCCCGAAUUUGUUAAAGAUUUGACCGCGUCUGAGCAAAAGAAGGCCCAAUCAGCGAUGAUGUUACUCACGGAGAAGCAAUUCGAAAAGACAAUUAAAGGUUGCCUAGUAUACCGAGGCGAUGGAACUUGUGAAUGGGUAUCGCAAGAGGACACUGCAAGUCCAACUGCUAUUUGUGUUAUUGAUGCACACAGAGGUAGAGAUGUAAUGACGAUGGACGUGCGUAAGGAAGGAGAAGAUCGAGUCUACAUGAAAAUCACUGGCAUGAUGGUCCAGAUAUUGAUUGACAUGGCUCCAGAGUAUCGCAAAAACAUUGUACUAGAGAACCGAAAGCGAGUAAUCUAUGUGCGGGUACUACGUGCUAUAUAUGGGAUGUUACAAUCAAGCCUCCUAUUCUAUAAUCAGUUUGGAGGCAAAGGGAUUUGUUUUCAAUCCGUAUGA